CCUUGAUCACUUCCAUUCCCCCCUCUCCUUCAUCUGUACUUCUACUAUUGUUGCAUUGUCUGCCUUUCAAAGCUUUCCUCAUUCUUGCGCUCAGUGACUUGAUUGAUUUCUUUGCUUGCGUCGUUGCUGAAUUUGAGGCCAAUACAUCGUCACACUAGACUAGAGUUGCUGUUGAGCGAACGGGACGAUACAUGCCAACUUUGUCGUACCAUCACUGCAUUCUUUUCAUUGUUGGUACAAAUCCACUUUGGCGACAUUUGGAAGUCAUUUUUCGAAUUCUACAUCCUGCUGGUACCGCACUUCAUUCGGAUUUUCAGCACGCGCCUUACACCACACGCUGUCUCUAUGAUCCCUUGCUACGUCAGUCUUUGAGCUGCGAUGGCCACGACACCGUGGCAUCAAGGGAGCCAGCCUUUGGUGCAGAACAGUGGUUACUAUCAACAGCCAGUCCAGCAGGCAAUUCAGCAACCAAUUCAACCGCCAGUUCAGCGCAGGAAAACGAAUCCUCCUCCAGUCUGCUUCAACUGUGGAGUUGAAGGACACUUUCUCGUCGCUUGCCCUGAGGCAACCCGCAGCACUCCCGGGGGUUUCAAUCCACCACCCAGGCCGUACCAACCAGCUCCUGGUCCCAACCUGCAGAACCAGCCUUAUCCUCCACAAGGGGGACCAGUUCAGCACGCUCCAUAUCAAUCUACUCAACAGUAUGGUAAUCCAGGGCAGCAAUACUCAUACAGUCAACCGCAACCACAACAACCGUACGUUCCGCCUCAGCAAUACAACCAAGCUCAGCAGUACAGCCAAGCUCAGCAAUACAUCCAACCGCAGCAAUACAGCCAACCACAGCAAUAUAGUCAAACACAGCAAUAUGGCCAACCGCCGCAAAGUAGUCAACCUCCGCAGUAUGGUCAACCUGGCUACCAACAACCUCCUUACAAUCCAUUUCCUCCUGUAGGUCCGGCUCAAUUCAAUUCCACAGGCUACCAGGGACCACCUCAACAGUUUGCUCCCGUGCCUCCCGCGCCAUACCAACAGCCACCAAAUACCUAUCCACCUCAUAAUCCUGGCUAUGUAGGACCUCAUCCAGCACCUUCCGCACCCUAUCAACCACCUCAGCCACAAUGGCACAAUCCAUCACCAAUAGCAAGACCUCCAUAUCAACAACAGCUGCGCCGCAGCUCUAGUCAGCGAGGACGCUCUGGGACCCCGAGCCAUCCGGCACAAGGGCAACGGUCAAGAUCUCAGCAGCUUGACCACAACUCUGAGUUACGUCAUCAAACCCCACAGACGCCUGCUUCUACGCAUGGAAGUAUUCGUCACGCCUCACGCAAAGGUUCUCUCAUGACUCCUGAUGGUAAGCUGGAUGAUGGAUCAAAAGAUUCGAGCCGAGCUAGCACGCCUUAUGGCCGCACUGGAGCUGACGACAAUUUGCCUUUGGAUAACUUUAACACUGCACCAACCCCAACGGCUAGCCAGAGCUACGACAAGGAUAAGCCCGAAGAUGGCGAAGUCGGGGAAUCUGAAGAUGAGGAGGCGAUGUUUAAUUGGGAGUUCAAGCAGGUCUUUAAGGAGCCUGCGAGAGACGAGACGGUAGCACUUGCUCAACCACUAUCCGCAAACUUCAGAUCCACCCCGGUUCCCCUGGUCCAAGCUUGGAGCAUGAACGUGCCCUCAAUCUCCAGAUACGCAAGAAAAGAUAACCAGAAGGAGUUUGUACGUCCUAUUCGAGAACUGCCCCAGUGGUCGUACCUGCAAGAAGAUCCGGCCUUCGCAGAAAUGGAGCUUGACGGCCCUUCAAUAUCUCUUGAAGACCUUCCUUCUUGGAUUGUCACGCAUCACGAGCAGAUGGAUAUGGAAAGUAACGUGGAAUUAAUGGAUGAUUCGCUUCAGGAGCCCAUAGUUGAGCAAUCAGAAUCAUCUCGAAAACGCCGAUCGGAUGAAGUGGCAGAAUCGAAUAAAGACCAUCCAAGUCAGAAGACUGGUGGUAUCAAGAAUGAAGAUACAAGCGACCGAGAUGAGGGGACUUCGCGCAUCAAACGCCUGAAAACUGUAGCCGAAAAGGAUGAAGACGACAUGAUGCAAAUGCCAACUGUCCGUACACCAGUCAUUGGGUAUAGAGCAGGAACACCUUGUGUUGAGACUGAGGGCGAUGCCUGGGCUCCAGAGCCAGGUGAGACCGCCAGCACACCCCAAGACCCAACAGAAGCACUUCUGGCUUCGUUGGGAGUAACUGGCUCUCCAAAGCCGGUUAAGAAAGAGCCUAUUCCAGCCUACAUGAAUGAUUUGGAAGAGCAACCACAUCAUUCCCAAUCAUCACAACAGCGCGCUGAGACCAGUCAAACCCCCAUUCCGCCGCCAAAUCCACCUCCAGUCAAAGGGCUCGAAGCCAACAGCAAUGUCCCCUCCAAUGUCCAGCACGGCCAUCCUCCAAACAAUCUACCAAGUCCUCCGAUGAACACCAAUGGGCAGAGAGCUCCUCCUGCGAGUGAACACCAUCAUCAAGGACCGCCAACACAUGUCCAGCAUGGAUUUCCUCCAAAAAACCCACAGCAGUACACAGCAUCUGCGGGUGGCACUUAUCUCAAUGGUCAACCUGCAGCUCCAUCCUUUGUCAAUCCACCAGUUGCCAAUGUUCCGCAGAGCGGCCAGCAAUAUGGCUACCAAAAUGGCCCACCGAAUUAUAACAAUGUUACAUACGCACCGCCAGCCACUGUACCAACUUAUGUCAAUGCGCCACCUCCACCUAACAACUUUGGACCUCCUAACAACUUCUCACAACAGGGUCCGCCUCAAUGGGGACCUCAAAAUCAGCCCUACAACCAUGGACAGCCUAGCAAUGCUCCUCAAAGCUAUGCGUCAUAUCCGCAACAACAAAAUGCCCCAUAUGUAAACCCACAAUACACUCCUGCGCCGUACCAAAAUGCACCUAAUCCCUACUAUCCUCAAGAGAUCCCGCAGCAUGGUCACCAGCGAAACCCAUCAAUGCCUGGAAAUUAUGGUCCACCGACACAGGCCAGCCCAAACCAAUUCUUCCCGCCACAAAAUGGACAAAACGUGUUCCCCCAGAAUAUUCCGCAACCCCAGAUCAGCCAAGGUCCAAGAGAUCAGUAUGGUAACACCAACGGGUCACAUCAUGGCAAUCAGUUUCCGAAUGGCCCACCUCAACAGCCAUUUCGCCAAGACUCGGGCUAUAUGAGUGCGCGAGGUUCUUACAGCAAUGGCGGCGGCCAACCAGGUUUCAAUGGUAACCAAAAUGUACCCCCAGGUCCUCCCGUACAUUCGACAAUGGAUGGAACUUCAAGUCCCAAGCCAGAACCAUCACAAGGCGAAGCAGACGUCAUAUCAAGCCAGCAGAUGUCCCGUAAGGACAGUGACACCGGAUCCCCAGUUACUGAUUCUACGGGAACUCCACUGAGUCCUACUUCGAUGGAAAUUCUGGGCAAGUUGGAGCGAAGAUCCAGCGAUUCGAAGUCUAGAGAGAAGAAAAAGGCGAAGGACGCGGCCCGCAAGGCAAAGCGACCACAGCCAGUGGUUGCCGAAGCAUACAGCCGUCGUUGGUGAGGGAUGACGUGUCAACCAGCAGAUGGACACAGCUUGGACUAGAUCACUGGCAUCUCGAGCAUACAUCAUGCAGUGUUGCAACGAGCCUCUUUCAAGUUCCGCAUGCCUUCAAGUUGAUGGUUGGUCUCUGACCACAUGUUUCUUUUCUUUUCUUGUAAAUUAUGUCUGCACGUGGCGAUCGAUUGAGCGUCGCCGAUUGGCCAGUCUUCAUCCUGAAUUUGCUCGUUUGGCGUACCGAAUAGUUGCUGUUUUGUACAAUUGAUUUCUUGCAUUACUGCAUUGCGAAUUAGCUUCCAUUGGCUUCGAUUGGGAAAAUUUUCCGCUUCUCUGGUGUUGUCGCUCCACCUUGUUUCGGCUUGGCACAGCCAUACUCAUGCUGCCCAGAGACGCGUGACGACGCCACCUUUUGCCAUUUCAAGAGAUUUUUGUGGACCGGGCUCAAUUCAGGAAAGCUUCUAGUUCCUAGGUUCGUUCCAGAGGCUUUUGUUUUGCAGUGUUCUUGAAUGUCGAUGCCAACUUAUCUCUAGGCGUAUGAUUGAAAUUGAAACAUGCACUUCGCUUCCUCAAGAUACCAAUAAGCCUCAAAGUCCGUGGCUACGACUGAUUGUAUAUCUGCAAUAUCUGGAAUUCCGAUGCGUACUUAAUGUCUGAUUCGAAUUACCUUAAUUCAAUUCAUUUUACAAGUUUAUCAUGCUCGUUAUCAUCGCUGCUUUCCUCUUCAGCGUCCGAUGCCUCGUCGCUGGACUGCUCUUCACUGUCAUCUUCGACUUCCUCUUCAUCAUCUUCUUCGCUUUCUUCCUCUUCCGUCUCUUCUCCUUCGUCGGCCUCGUCCUCCUCCGCCAACCAGUCAUCAAGAGUUUUCUCUUUACCCGCUCCGGCCGCAGCAGCACCAAAACCAUUUGUAGCGCCUGGUGAUGACCCCAUCCUCGCCUCCUUAAUAGCCGAAUCUAGACGCUCACCAGCAGGUAUCACUCUAUUCGACUCAUAUUCGGCCUUCGUCACAUCGCUCUCUCGUAAUGAUGGGUCGGGCUCCUCCCCUGCCUUGACCCAUUCUGGUAGUGCCUCGUACCCGCGCAAGCCAUGAACACCACCGACUUCACCUAUGACAAGACUUGCCGAGCCAAG